AUGAAUGUAUCAAUUAAUUUUACAAAUGUCACUUACGUGGACUUCUACCUUCACAAGCCCUCAGUAGCAGCCAUCUUUAUUACCUCGUACCUCCUCAUCUUCCUCAUGUGCAUGGUGGGAAACGGAAUGGUGUGCUUCAUCAUUUUGAGAAGCAGAAACAUGCGGACUGUCACCAACCUUUUCAUCCUCAACCUGGCCAUCAGUGACCUGCUUGUGGGAAUCUUCUGCAUGCCAACCACCCUCGUUGACAACAUCAUCACAGGUUGGCCAUUUGGCAGUCUAUUGUGUAAGCUGAGUGGAAUGGUCCAGGGCAUAUCGGUUUCUGCAUCCGUUUUCACUCUAGUGGCCAUAGCAGUGGAUAGAUUUCGCUGUAUUGUCUAUCCCUUCAGACAGAAGCUAACCAUUUCGACUUCAACUUUGAUCAUUGUGAUUAUUUGGGUGCUGGCCAUCGCCAUCAUGUGUCCAUCGGGUAUCAUGCUUCAGGUCACCAGGGAGCAUAGAGUCUCCAUUCUUCUUGGCAAUGGCAAUGCGACACGUUCAUUUUACUGGUGCCGUGAGAACUGGCCCAACCAGGAGAUGCGCAAGAUCUACACCACCGUCCUCUUCACCAACAUCUACCUGGCACCUCUCACCCUCAUCGUCAUCAUGUACGCCCGCAUUGGCGUAACUUUGUGCCGGACAUCCAUCCCGGUUUCCCGGGGCCACUCAGGCUCGGAGGGCAGCAACAAGACCAGGCAUGAGAACAGACAGGCGGUGUCGAGGAAGAAGAAGAGGGUGGUGAAGAUGCUGCUGAUCGUGGCGCUGCUCUUCAUCCUGUCCUGGCUGCCGCUGUGGGCACUGAUGAUGCUGAGCGACUACGCCAGCCUGACGGAGUGGCAGCACCGCGUCAUCAACAUCUACGUGUACCCGCUCGCCCACUGGCUCGCCUUCUUCAACAGCAGCAUCAACCCGAUCAUCUACGGCUUCUUCAACGAGAACUUCCGCCGGGGCUUCCAGGCCGCGUUCAAAUUCCAGCUCUGCUCGGCGGGCAUGGAGCGAAGGAACACCUACUCGCACAGGGUCCAAGGGAACGCCGUGCUGCCGGCAAAUCCGCUGAUGGCCAAAGGGCCGGUGCCGGGGUCAGGCCGGAGGCGGCCCAAUGGGAAGAGCCUGCGGCACAACAGCAGUGAGUCAUCUGGCAGGGGCCAGGAGCAAGACCUCAUCAUGGAGGACCUGGAGAAGGUAUGUGAGGAUCACAUUCAGUGA